AUGGAAGGGGCGGGGGAGUCGAUCUCGAUGGCGAGCGCGACAACCCCACGCCGCGCCGAAAAGCGCCCUCUCGAGGCAGCCAAGGCGCCACCGCCGAAGCGGCGUUCGAGCGAGAUUUCGGCUGUGCCCUCGCCCCUCUCUGCCUCCUCCGCCUCCGCCCCGGCGUCCCCCUCCUCCUACGGCGCCUCCUCCGGCGCAGCCUCCGCCUCCAGCGCUGCCUCUUCACCCCCGAGCCGCCUCUUCAAGCUCCUGCCGGACGGGCGCACCGUCCACCGGGAGCCCCCUCUCCCCACGGGAGGCAUCGCGGCCGUCGCCGAGGCUCUAGCGCGGAUCGGGCUGCAGGCCUACGCUGCCGCCUUUGACGCCGAGGGGUAUGACGACAUCGCGUACUUACGCGGAUUAGACGCCGCCGAGCGGGCCGAGGUGGCAACGGAGACGGACAUGAAGCCCGGGCACGCGGGCAGGUUUGUCAAGUUCGGCUUUGGGGAGACCUGA